UCUCUCCAAAGUGUCUGAAUGCUCACCUUGUAGUAUAGGGACUGUAAGACCCGCCACCGACGAGCGCACAGGCCACCCGACGACGGCCGCCUUCAAUUCCUCGUUGACGAUCGGGAUUUCCCCCAUCUCGCUGUUUCUCCAUCCACGUCAUUCGCCCGCACUCCCUGGAUUCGACCGGAUCUUCAAGCAGAAUUCGCUCUGACUUGAUUGCCUGCUCAUCAACUGCUUACUCACCCAAAGGAGUCGAGCACCCCUCCACACAAUCAACGUCUCUGUCAACGUUGACAUCAGCACACACACCUGGCACAAUGUCCUCCGUUGAAGAAUCCCCCGCCCAGAGAGCAGCUCGCCUGCGUCGGGAGCGUCGCGAGGCCAAGAUCAAAGAAGGUGGUGCCGCUCGCCUGGAUAAAAUCACCAGCAUGAGUGGACGCACCCCUGCUGCCGAACGUCAAGAACAAGAUGCCGCUCCAUCUCCCUCGCCAUCGCCUCAACCCCCCGCGUCGAUCUCCCCAGGCCCAGAGACGCAAUCAUCAUCCCCGGCCGACACCACAAAUCAACCAGAACCCAGCAUCGCGCCCACCCACCCCUUCCCCGACACCCAAGCCCAAUCGCCCGAAUCCCUGCAGGCCCAGCAAGAAGCCUUCCGCGCGCUCCUGCGCCAGACCGGCCCGCCCCCCGGCAGCCAAGGCGGCGGCGGCUUCAACCAAUUCAACCAAGGCUCCCUGGAAGAAGACCCCACCGUGAAGCUCCUCAACUCGCUCAUGGGCGGGAUGGCCGCGGGUGAAGGAGCCGGGGCACCGGGCGGAGGCAACGGCAACGGCAACGGGCCCCCCAUCUCGCAGGCGGAUAUCGCGACAGCGCUGGGCCUGCCGCCGUUCGUGGCGAGCAUGCUCCCGGGCGGAUCGCAGCCGCAGACGGAGUCCGAGAAGACGGCGAUCUGGACGUGGAAGAUCCUGCACGUGGUGUUUGCGAUCGCCGUGGGCGUCUACUUCCUGGUCCUGAUGGGGUCGUCGGUCUCGCUGUACGGCGAGGCUCCGCCGCCGCCGGCCACGGCGCGCAGCCCGUUCCUGUACUUCACGACCGGGGAGAUGGUGAUGACGGGGGCGAGGGUGUUUUUGAAACGGGGCAGUGGGCAGGCCGGACUGGGGUUGUAUUUCAAUUUGUUCCGGGAUAUAGUGCGCGACGGGAGUCUGGUGGUGUUUUUGAUGGGGAUGGGGGCGUGGUGGAAUGCGGAGUGGACGGCUUAGUUGGUUUACUAGAAGAUUGUGUCUGGACGAAGGGAAAAGCGCUGUUACUCAUUUCAUAUGAUUCCAUUAUGUUUCUAUUUGAUACGUGAACAUCUGCCAGCCAUUCGAAGCGCGUCAUGCAUUUGAGAAGCCUGCAACCGAGGGCCGUUUGUUUAUUAUGGUAUAAUCGUAUAAAAAUGGAGUCGUAUUGCUC